AUGAAUAAUCAACCAUAUUCAUCCAACAAGUCGUACACUUCAAAUAUUUCUCGUUUUUCCUCCAGAAGCUUCACAAAUGAACUUAACCAUCAUUUUGACAAUUCAGAUGAAUCAUACAGCUUAUCCGAACUUCAGCCAAAUAAUAUAGAUGCCUCUUCGGCUAUAUCUUUAUCGCACCCUUUAAGUGUUGAAAAUUUAGAUAAUAUCGUGGACCGUAACGACUACCAUGCUCCAAGCAUCCAAGAAAGCUAUAUCAAUAACGAUGUUGAUAUAAAUAGUUUGGAACAUGGUGACAUUACAGAUAGUUAUCAACCUGAUUUUUUUUUGGAAACACUUGAUAAUGCCUCUGGGUCCCAGUUUCAUAUAGAUGAACCUAGUCAAAAUGACAUACACUCGGAAAAUCAUUUUUCAGAAAAAACAAAGGACUUAGAUUCUAAUGAGUCUAUUUUGUCGUCAGUAGAAUGUUUAAAUUCUACCGAACAGUUCAGCUGUCAUAGCUCGGAGAUUGAUGCUUUAUUCCCCGAAAUAAUUUACGACGAUUAUCAAGGAAGCAAUAUUGAAAACAAUGAUAAUGCUUCUGACCACCCUCCUAGCAUUAUUGCUUUAGUUGAUGAUACCGAAUCUCUUGAAAGUGUUUGUAUUGAUGAAAGUAUUGACCCUCUUGAGUCGAUGGCUCGUGCCAUUAUGAACUCGACUAAAUAUACCCAACAUGCUUCAAAAAAGGGGAAGGAACGAACCAAAGGAAAUCAUCGAAAUUUAGACUCCUUUUUCAAAUCACCAUUUACCCAAGGUUCAUUAAAUUUAGCAAAGGGAUGCUUAAAAAAUACUUCUUCACCAAGUGGUCCCGAUUUACCAACAAAUAAUAAAACUACAAGGUUGCGUAGUGUUGGUUCUUCAACACCUAUUCGGUCGUUAAGUAUAAAUAACAACGAAUCAAUGGAUUUUGAAAAUUAUAAAAGACAAACUGCAACACAAAUCUUAGCCGAUAGACAAAGAGAAAGAAGGGAGCAGAGACAACUGCGUCGCCGUUCACGGGCCCUAAAAAAAGAACAGUAUUUUGGGAAUUAUUUUCGUGAAACCAAUGCCAAUCCUGAUAGUGAUGUUCUCAAUUUCGAAUUCUCACAAGCAUCAUACGCUAUCGACCAUUUUAACGGCCAUCGACAACAAAAUCAAUACUCUCAUCCUAGCGGAGAAAUAUACACUAAUGGAGUGAUUGAGGGCUAUGAUAUGUCUAAUUUUCAGGAAAUGAUGAACUCGGGAGCUUCGAUGAGAACACAACAAACAGACAAUAUUGAUGACAUGAGUAGUCAUGAUGUUCGUCCUGAAAAUGGGUUAAAUUUUGCAGAUUAUUACAGCCGCAAAAUAGGAAUUGGUAAUAGUCACAUUCAUUACACCGGAAGGAAAGCCCAUCAGCCAAGUACAAAAGGAGGAAUAACUCAAAUAUCAAGGUUCUUUCGAGAUACUGGUGGGAGCAGCAGCCACGGUGGCGGUGGUGGCGGCGAUGGUGGAAAUAUAGAUGGCAGUGAUUUUGAUAGCGAUUACGAGUCCUCUUCAUAUUAUGAUAGCGACGCAUCAAGUGAUACAUCUGGUGCGGCUUUUGGGCGCUAUCAUCUUCCACAUAAAGGUCUCAAACGAAAGCUAUAUUCACGUCACCUCACCUCAAUUGGAGCGGCUUCAUCUAUAGGAAUUUCAUCAAUGCUGAUGUUUGGUCAUACACUUUUUUCGGCUGGUCCACUUGGUGCAUUGCUCGGAUAUUUUAUCAGCGGGGCUAUAAUGUACUCGAUCAUACUUGGGUAUGCUGAAAUCGUCUCAUUAUUACCUUUACACACAGGAAUUCCAGGUACGAUAGCAAGAACUGUUAACCCGUCAAUGGGGUAUGCAAUUGGUAUUUGCUAUUGGCUUUCAAAUGCAAUGGCUUUACCAGCCGAACUCACAGCAGCUGCAAUGAUGCUUACAAACUAUCCCGACCUUGCAGAGCAUAAUGUCAUUAUAGUGUGGAUCAUUUACAUUUUUUUCCUGGUUAUUCUUGUAAAUGUCUGCAGUGUCAGAAUAUACGGUGAAUUUCAAUUUGUUGUCAAUCUUGUACGCAUCAUUUUCAUCUCACUGUUGACUCUUCUUUUAAUUAUUCUUAAUAUAACCCCGGCAUCAUCAUCAGAACGGCUAGGGUUCAGGUUUUGGAUUUCAUCUAAAUCCACACCUGAAUCUGGUUGGUAUUAUGGCCCAUUUCGUCCGCUUUUUCCACUUCAUAUAUUUUUUGAUGAUGCGAUUGCAGACCAAGUCACAAUUUAUGGAAUCUCUGGCUCUUUAGGAAGGUUUACACAAGUUUGUACUGCUAUCAUUCAAGCACCCAGAGCAUAUUUGAGUUCUUACAUUGUUUUUAGCAGUGUUGGAGAGGUAAGGAAUCCCCGAAAAUCAUUACCAAGAGCUACAAAGUACAUUUUUUGGCAAAUAAUAUGUUUUUAUAUCAUAGUGUUGUUUGUUCUUGGGAUAAAUGUAUAUGCCGGAGACAGUGACUUAUAUGGUAUUGAUUUUGAUUAUUCUGAUACCACCUACUCUAUUUUUCCCAGCUAUACAAGUAACCAGUCUAUUUUUUCAAACUGUGAUUCUCCAAAUGACUUGAUGUAUAAUGCAUACAGCAUAGGAAUCAAUGUAUCUCCUUGGAUUAUUGCCCUUCAAUCUGCUGGUUUGUGCUCUUUGGCAUCUGCCAUUAAUGCCAUUUUUGUUGUAUUUGCAGUUUCUUCUGGAUCUUCGCAUUUGUAUGCAUCUAGUCGAACCUUAUACGGAAUUGUCAGGCUUUAUAUUGAAGAGAAAAAGAUCAGGUACCCAUCCUGGUGGAAUUUGUGUGGAUGGUGCAACGAUCAAGGAGUUCCAACAUACGCUGUUUUAGCAUCUUUUCCAUUUGCCCUACUAGCACUGAAAACCAUCACUACACAAUCGUUCUUUGUUUUCCAAAACCUUUUAAUUUUAUCGGCCUCUGCAUCAGUUGUAACCUGGGUUGGCAUGUCUAUAGCGUUUUUGCGUUUUUAUACUGCUAUUCAAAGUCGUCGGCCCAAUGAAGACACAGAAAAUCAAUCUCGUAAUCAAUUUAAUUCAAACAAUUCUAGAACUGGUUUGAUGCGAGAUGAACUGGGGUAUCCCUUCAAAUCGCCGUUUCAACCAUAUUUAGCAUGGUUUGGAUUAUUUGGAAGUUUAUUGAUACUCUUUACUCAGGGAUUCAAAGUUUUCAUUAAAGGGAGCUGGAAUACUUCAACAUUUGUUGCUCAUUAUGUUCCAUUACUAAUUUUUUUCAUAUUUUAUAUGCUUCACAAAAUUUUGACCGGAAGCCGGACCAAACCAGCUAUUGCUAUUGAUCUGGAUAGUGGGAGACGUGAGCUGGAUCGUGCAGAAUGGAUUGAAGAUAGGAAAUAUAACUCUGGCGGUAUAACCAGCGUUUGGAGAUGGAUUUUGGGUCGCUUUAGAUUUAUCAAGGUAUUCAUACAAACAAUUUUAGGUGAUAGUGAAAAAACAAAAGACUCAUUGAAUAUCAACGAAGUUGGUGUGAAAAAGAAAAAGAAGAAAAAGAAGAAAGAGUUGUUAAAAGAGGUUGCUGUUGCAGUAGGUUCUGGUGGCCGAACUAUGAAUUCCUUUCGAAGAAAAAGAGGGAAAACAAAAAAUUCUGCUGUAAUAUAG